AUGGAGGACGUCACUAACCGUCCACGUCCAUCUCAGUCUGAUGACACAAGCCAUCUUCAUGAUGGGACCUUGAAGCCUACCGUUCCCGUGACAGCCGAUGGUACAGCUGCCGAAAGCAGAAGCUAUUCUGACGGCUUGAACGCCAACAUCGAAUAUGGUAUAGCUGCCGACUUGGAGAAGCUGACUGUUACCAACGCCAAGCUGGAUGCAGAGCUUCUGAACAUCAUCACCACCCACCCAAUCCUUCAUGACUACCUCUUCCAGAACUCUUCGGAUUAUCGUGAGCUCACAAUCCUGAGAAAUGAGGGCUGGGCAAACAAGGAGGCAGACGUACACUUUAUGAUGCUACGAGAGAAGGCCGACAACGUAACUCCGGAUACGCAGCAAGUGUUCUACGAACAAAUGUGCAAAAUCGGAAACGAUAUGGACAAGGCGUACGACCUCUCUGUGGAACUGGAGCUCAGUGGAGAUCAACCUCAGUUCCUUGAUAUAUGCAUGGCCCCAGGAGGCUUUUCUGGUACUAUUCUAGAAAAUGCCUUUCGGUCUCGAGUAGGCGGCAUUUCUCUGCCUAUUCCAAGCGGUGGUCACCCUUUGUGCAUCAGGGAUUGGGAGAACCGCGCAGAUAUCAGAGUGCAUUUCCUUGACGUCACCAUGCUUGCUACGGAGAUGGGACUCACAAAUAUUCCGCCGGAUCAUCCCGAAUUCUCCGAGUUUCUGACUUUACGGCCUUUUGAGGGCGAGCAAUUCGGCCUUGUAUUCUGCGAUGGAAAUGUCCUGCGCACUCAUGUGCGCGCGACUUAUCGAGAGCGAAAGGAGCGCCAUCGCCUGCUGACAAGCCAGUUGGUGCUGGCUUUCCAGAGAAUUGAGACGGGUGGCACCUUGGUCUGUCGCUUUCAUAAAAUUGAAGGUAUUGAGACGGUUAACAUGCUCCGGCUGUUUAACAUGUUCUCGAAAAUACACGUGUGGAAGCCUCUCAAAACCCAUGCAGCCCGAUCAUCAUUCUACAUGAUAGCUAAAGAUGUCCAGCCCCACAGCCCUGAAGCUGUCAAGGCUAUCAACGAGUGGAAGCGAGAAUGGAAGGAGUUCACGUUGAACACCGAGGAAGAAAGCGUGGAGGUUAAGCCUGCCUUUGACAAUAACGAUCCGAUCCGAGUUGAGACAGCAAAGAACAUUAUUGAGGAAUUUGGCCAGCAACUCAUUGACUUGGCACGACCCAUCUGGAACAUCCAGUCGCAUGGUAUGCGAGCCAAGCCCUUCAACACAGGAAAACCGACCACAUUCAGGAUCCCCCGAGGUCGCAGAUACUUUGAUGGAGCUGGUGCCGUGAAUGUAAAAUCCGGUCACUCUAACCCAUGGAACAAGGGUACUAUGCGAGCUGCACUUGAACACCCAGAAGCCAAGACUGCAUCGCGAGUACCCGUCACCAAACUGCAACGCUAUCUCCCACCUCAACAGAGGCGUAAUUCAUUUAUGAAUGGAGACCCAAGAUUGGCCAAUGGGGCUAAGCCCAUAAUACAAGAAUCCGAGGGUAUUUCGCCAUUAUCACCCAUGAAAACCGACCGCUACCUCGUGCCACAGCAAAGACGCAGUUCAUUCAUAACCGGGGACUUGAGAGAGAGCAUCAAAGUUGAGAUUGGGAAUCCAAGCCCCAAUACCACAUCACCAAUGUCUAUUUUGAAGACUGACGGCUGCCUUGCGUCGCACGAAAGACAUGGCCCUUUCAUGAAUGUAGGCCCACGACUGAAAAACAGCACCAAGCCCAAACAUCUCUAUGACUCUUUUGUACCUGUGAACAGCAGUUUCUGGAAGGGCGACCCAAGAACAUCAAUGGUCACCGACGCCAGCCAGGAUUGGCAGAUUCCACCUCCAGAAGAGGACAUAUCACCUGCUCAAAUCCCGAGGCGCCGACCCAUCGAUUCCAAUAAAAUCAACAGUUUAAGCAUUGGUCGGCCUGGUGGCUCUCUCAUCGGAGCUACGGUCACGAAGAAUGCUUCUGCUUCUCCGGCUCGACAAAUACGACCGAAUGAAAAAGUAGAUGUCCAUAUCACAGCUGCUACGAGCGAUGAAAACGCUGAUAUUUUUAAUGACUCUACCACCAAGAUGAACCCCUCACAUUGUUCGACAAGGCAACGUUAUACACACGAGAGGAUCUCUGUCAGUAGUGUAUUCGCUUUGAACGAGUAUAAUACUCCUGCUUCUAUGCCAGAUGCCACCUCUACGAAGACGGCCCCAGCUGUCCUAACUGACCAUCCUAGCCCUCACGAGAGAAGUACCGUUCCUGUGGUCCAUAAGCCGAGCGGUCGUAAUUCUUUCUCUGCUGGAAACACUGGAAUUGCGCAUGCCAACGUCUUUGACGUCUUGGCUGAGGAGCAUUCCGAUAACGAUGGGGACUCGCAGAUGACUAUGGUGACGUCUUCAACCAACUCAUCUCUGCAUGGUGAGGGUUCUACUUCGGAGAGUGCAGUUGUCAAACUGGGUAUCCUGACUCACAAUCCUGAGACGUGAAUGUUCGUUACGCAACAGAAGCUAACACCGUAUUCAGCCACGCAGUUGGAUGUGUAGUCACUCCGGUCUCCAGCCGCCUAGUUGCGACGAUCUGAAGUUAGACUUUCAUUCUGCAUGUGUAUGAUGGUAGCAUCGGUCCUUGGCAUGGAAAGAAUCUAGACUCAGGAAUGGUACAAGAAGAGCUUAUAAAAUGCCAUUGGCUGAGUGCACACAUUGUGUUCAGAGACGAACAGGCUAACGAAAAUUUGGCAGUAGCCAGCGUUUGCGGAUCUCCUGUGUUUCUGUGCAUAAGAGUGGCGGGCUAUUUGUUUGGUUUUGUGGUGCCGCGAAAUGUUCAGAUGGUUUUGAGGUCAGACCUUAUAACUACUUAAAAGCACACUUUGCAAGCUGAGAUGCUUGAUGUAUUAUUUAAAUUGUAGUGUAGCACUACCGUAGUUUGAAAAAGAGAU